AUGUCUACUGGUAAGAUGAACGCCACCGUCAGCUUUGGAAAUGAUCCUACGAAUUCCACCAAGUUCGAAGUAGACAUUGACAGCAUUUCUAGAUCAGGUAUUGAAUUAUGCUUGAAAAAUAUAUCCGAGAGGAUGCAAGAAUGGGGAAAGCAUCAUGAGCAUACCGCUGAUUUCGAUGAAACUAAGACGAGGGCGAAAAGAAGAUUCCAGGAAGCUGGGAAGGGCAGAAGUGAGAAAAACGAUAAAGAUAAGACUGCUUCAAAUGGCGGCGGGCCCGCCAAGCGUAUUCAUCAACAGGAACCUCAAAAACCAACUACACCUUGGAUUGAAGAUGUUACAGAGCUGGAAGACGAGUACAUUGAGGAUCGUGUGACCGAGGUGCUGGACAUUGAAUCGAUCACAAGUUGUGUUUCAGUCAGGUCUUCAGAUGUAAACGACGAUGGAAAAUUAUUACAAAGCUCUAACAAGGAAGAAGCUAGUGCUGAUGCCUUUGAUGUUGGUGCCGUGGCUGCAAUGGUUGGAGGCUUGGUUUGUGCGGUGGCAUUCGCUUGGAGUGGAAAGGGAAAAAAGGCUAAGGAAUCCAUGAAAAUAUUUACUCGUGGAUUUGACGCUGCAUGCGAUAAAUUGUGA